CCCCCCCAACCCCCGCCCCACCCCCCCGCCCACCUCUCUCUUCGCGACCCCCACCUCGAAACCUGACUUCCAUGGCUUCUCCUCUCUCCCACGCCCUCUCCUCGUCCCAAUACAUUCUCCCUCCUCGUGCCCUCCUCCGCCUCCAAGCCCUAGCUCCCCGCCGUCGUCUCCGCCCCCAGGCCACAGCUGCCGCCGUCUCCGCCGCCAUCCAGUGGAACCGCAAGCCACAGCUCGCCGGCGAGACACCCCGCGUGGUCGUGGUCACCUCCGGCAAGGGCGGCGUUGGCAAGACCACCACCACCGCCAACGUCGGCCUCUCCCUCGCCCGCUUCGGCUUCGCCGUCGUCGCCGUCGACGCCGAUGCCGGCCUCCGCAACCUCGACCUCCUUCUCGGACUCGAGAACCGCGUCAAUUACACCGCCAUCGAGGUCCUCAACGGCGACUGCCGUCUCGAUCAGGCCCUCGUCCGCGACCGCCGCUGCCCCUCCCUUGAGCUCCUCUGCAUCUCCAAACCCCGCUCCAAGCUCCCUCUCGGCUUCGGCGCCAAGGCCCUCACUUGGGUCGUCGACGCCCUCCGCUCCCGGCCCUCCGGCUCACCUCAUUUCAUCCUCAUCGACUGCCCCGCCGGCAUCGACGCCGGGUUCAUCACUGCCAUUGCCCCCGCCAACGAGGCCGUACUCGUGACCACCCCCGACAUCACUGCUCUUCGUGACGCCGACCGGGUGACCGGCCUCCUUGAGUGCGACGGCAUUCGGGACAUCAAGAUGAUGGUCAACCGGGUCCGCACUGAUCUUAUGAGGGGGGAUGACAUGAUGUCGGUGCUCGACGUGCAGGAAAUGCUCGGCCUUGCGCUGCUUGGGGUUAUUCCAGAGGACUCAGAGGUGAUUAAGAGCACGAAUCGAGGAUAUCCUCUUGUCCUCAACAAGCCGCCGACAAUAGCUGGGCUGGCAUUUGAGCAGGCUGCAUGGAGGCUGGUGGAGCAGGACACCAUGACUGCGGUCAUGGUCGAGGAGGCGCCCAGGAAAAAAGGCUUCUUUUCCUUCUUUGGAGGGUAAAGGUUUUAUGGAUUUCAAGGUCGCUAUCAUUUGGCAGCAUAGGAUUCUGGUUCGCGGUUGAUUUGUUGGAAGCCACAAAGAACAGUUGGAUUGCAGAUGAAGUGAGGGAGCACGAUCACGUACAGUUAGUAGGGAAACUUAAAAGGGAACGAGAAGUUUUGUAACCUGCAGUGAUUAAUUUUACAGCAAGGUACUUUUGAAGGCCACCAAAGAUGUGAACCCUACCCCAAGAGGACGUGCCUUUUCAACUAUAAAUCAUGAGAACGAGAGUAGCAGAACAGCAUACAAAUUGCUGGCCCUUUGCUGUGAUAUUCCUUCUCACUGUAUCUCUUCUUAUAAGAUAUGAAGGUCAUAUUACGUUGUUCUAUUGUCAGAAGUUUUCUGGGAUAUGAGUUGGAUUAUGACUUUCCUUUUUUAAAUGACGAUCCAGAAUUUAAUUGGCAA